CAGCUUGCUGAGUUAAAUUUCAAAUUAAAUUACAAGCCUAUGCUGUAUUUGUGAUAGUUAAAAAAUGUCUGCAGAGAUAACCGACUUGUUCACUUUUUGUUCUGGCACUCGACAGCAAAGCACAGAAAGGUUGACGCCACAUAAGUUGUCAAUUAUGGCAUUAGUUUAUAAGUACCAGUUACUGUGUGGCCUCCAAGAUAAAAUAGAUGAAAGUAUUGAUUCCUCCGAAGUUUUGACAGAUAGAGAGAAAAGAGUUUUUAUGGUGAUCUUGCUCAACCUGCUUCAGAGUCCAGAUAUGGAUUUGAAAACAUUACGUCAACAUAUUGAUCCUGUAUUGAAGCCUGCUAUUUUAGAUUAUUUGUAUGAGUUAUUGAGGACUAUUGCUGAUUCUGGUGUCAAGCCUAUCAAUGAUUUUUUUGACAAUGUUUCCUCUUUGUUGUUAUCUGGUGAAAAAGAAGGUGUCAUUCGCAGAGAGAGUAUCAUGGGUCUUUAUAUCAGAAGGAUGGAGCUAGCUUAUAAUGAAAUGUCCUUUAGUCAAGUUGUUGACAUGCAUAAUAAAGUGCGAAGAUAUUAUGAAGCUGGCUUUCCAGAAUGCAAGGAAGAAAUAGACAGGUUCUCUUCUAGGAAGUCAAGUAUUCAUGGCAUAUCUGAUACAGCUUUGAGCAUGUCAUUGCUAGAAGAUAGCCCAUCUAUGGACUCUAUUAACGGACAAAGUUUCUUUUCAAAGAAGCAAGCAGAAUAUUUUAUCGCAAACCAGGCUCAAAUGCUCAGUCACAAUGAAGGGAAAGCACUCUCACCUGAACAGCUGCAGCAAAAAAUUUCUAACAUACUAGCAGCUAAUCCUGACAUGGCAGAGGCACACUUUCUGAGCUACAUCAACAGUUUACGAGUGAAAGAAUAUUGUACGGCUGUCCACAGUCUGUACCAUUACUUUGAUAGAAAGGCUUGUGCGGUGCACGAUGGAAACGUCAGCAAGAAGAAGGGUGUGGCUGAAGAGGUGGCGAUGAGAUAUGCGGCAUUAAAUCUUGCAUCUCUGCAGUUCCGCUUUGGCAAUAAAGAAGAAUGUCGAGCAGCCUUACAAGAAGCCAUAAGAAUGGCCCAAGAAAGUAAUGACCAGAUAUGCUUACAGCAUGCUUUGGUGUGGUUAAACCUGUUAGGUGAAAGUCAUACAGGUGUGACACAGUUGGAAAGAUCAAUCAGAAAAACCAUAGACCUCUCUCUUCCAAAUCUGACUGUGUUGGGGUUGAACUGGAUAAGUAAAGGUCUUGGCACUGGAACUGAACUACCUGCAAGAGUAAUAGACUACUUCACUCAAAGUAAUCUGAUAAACUGCAUGCAUUCAAACUAUGGAAUGAUUUCAUCUGGUUGUGUGCAGAGGGCUGCCAUGUGGCAUUACUAUGGGAAAAGAGAGUUGUGUUCCCUGGACAAUCAAAUGGUUCUCAAUCUAAACACAAGCAUAAAUGGUGUCUAUUACAAUGGGCAAGCAGUUUGCAUUGCUUUAUGUAACUUAGCUCAGCUACAUGCAGAUAUUGGGGAAUACACAGUGGCUGCUGAUAUUCUAAACCAAGCCAAAUUAAGGUUCCCAUUCAACUCACCUCACUGUGAAAUCUGGCAAUCUUGUCAACAGAGGAUAGCCUUCUAUCGUUCACUGAAUAAUAGAAAAUUGAAUGCAGCAGAACAAAUUUUAGUAGAUUUACAAGCAGUUGAUGAACCUGAAGCUAAAAUAAGAAAGCCAAUUUUAUUAAGAGAACAAGGCCAGGUAACAGAAGCAUUUUCUUGCUUGGAUAAAUUAUUAACAGAAUGUGAUAAAGAAAAAUCUGGCUAUUAUGCUGAUUUUAGAUGUCGUGUUUUGCUUGAGUUAGCAUCCCUAUACAUAGCCACUGGCAAUCACAGUGUUGCUGUUAUACAUAUCACAGACUGUAUUGCCCAUGCAAAGAAACACUACCUAGAGUUGUAUGUUGGUAUGGGAACAGCUUACUUAGCAUUUGUACAGUUGAAUAUGAAUUUACCAGAACAAGGCUUGCAGCUAUUAGAAGUUCAGCUCACCAGGAUCCUGACUAAUGCCACAGCUCAGGAUAAGGCGCGGGCUUUAUUUGUCUACACCAAGUGUAAAGUCGCGGCAGCCAAGAAUCUCAGCACAACACAAAGAAAAACAGAAUUGGUUUCAGCUUUGAGCUUGAUGUCAACAGUCACAUCUUUAUUCAAGGCAGCAGAGGCUUACAUGUUGGAAAAAGAUGCCUUGUACUACCAGUCUUUGUUAUACAAUGAAAUAGGGGACACUGAAAAUAGAAACCAUUGUGCACACCAGUUUAAGCAGUUAGAUAAAUUUUACCCUACACUGAGCUCAAUUGCUAUAAAUGUAGUAUAAAUUGUAAAGAUAUGUCUGUGUUAUGCUGUAUAUUAUUUGGAUAUUAUAUAAAAAAUGUUUUGUAUAUUACAUAUAAAGCACAUUUUAUGUCUUGGUUUAACAAAAGCAUUUAAAAAAUACAAAAAACUACAUCAGAAUCAGGUUAGAAAAAAAUCAUUUAUAAAGGAGUUAGAUAUUUUAUUUAAGACUUAAUUGGUUACAAAUAUUUAAAAAAUAAAAUAAAUAUUUCUAAACUGAAACUGUA